CACGUUUUUUUUUAAUACGUAUUUUGGAGACUGGAGGCCUUUCCAGUUUGUUUUGUGUAGAAAACAGGCCUGCAAAGGAGGCUCAGACCGUGUGUAGACACCCCAGACGCCCAGGGAUAAAGUACAGAACGCGGGGAGUUCACAUGAACGCUCAGUGGGACACUUCUCUCUGCGUCCACGUUCAGAGUGACCGGAUUGGUUUACGGAUGAAGUUGCUUUUACAGUUCUCCGAAACAAUCUUCUGUCACUUUGCGUCGUUCCGUGUGCGAUGUUGGGCUUCGGAUGAACGUUAGCGUGCAGCCGGGAGUGUAGUCCGUGUUGCAGAAGCCUCAUAGGGGAAUGGAAGUGUGAGGGGCCGUGCCGUGACGCGCUCUUCCCAGCGUGCGAGGCUUCGGAUGUGCAGCGGUGUGGCAGCGGCUGGAGCAGCCAGUGGAAAUUUCCACUUCGGAAUCGGGGAGACGCCUUUGUUCUGCACACGGACCUCACGAGGAGACCCUGGGCCAGACUUGCGCAACAGUGCAAACAGGCAGCUUUUCCAGUCGAGGAGGGGGGAUAUCCAUGACCUCGGACUUCCAGCGCGACAGUUCCAGGAUGCCGAACAUAGGGUUCCAGAACCUCCCCCUCAACAUCUACAUCGUGGUCUUCGGCACCGCCAUCUUCGUCUUCAUCCUCAGCCUCCUCUUCUGCUGCUACCUGAUCAGGUUGAGGCACCAGGCACACAAGGAGCUGUAUGCGUACAAACAGGUUAUUCAGAAGGAAAAAGUCAAAGAACUAAACUUGCAUGAGAUCUGUGCCGUGUGCUUGGAGGAGUUCAAACAGAAGGAUGAACUGGGCAUUUGCCCGUGCAAGCACGCCUUCCAUAGAAAGUGCCUCAUCAAGUGGUUGGAGGUGAGGAAGGUCUGCCCCCUCUGCAACAUGCCUGUACUGCAGUUAGCACAGCAGCAGGGCAUCUCCGAGGUGCCCCCUGCCCUCACGCAGCAGCCUCUGCCCGGGGUGGAGAACCUGGUAUAGCUGCCCAGCCUCACCCUGCUUUUACCUGCAGUCCUCACCCCAAUAGCUCCGCUGUACAGGUACGCCCAGUGGCCCCGCCCCACCCCACCCCCACCCUCUCUCCCGGCCACUGGGAGGGUACAUUACCCACAGUCCCCUCUCACCGCCUUGGCGGAUUCUCAUUUCUUAGCCUGCUGCGAUGACUGCCGGGCCCCGAGAUGGUUUUGUUUGUUUGUUUGUUUUGUUUGGAUUUUUCGGGACUAUGAAGAAUCGUCUCCACGGCUGCGAUGUCACGGCCGUUCGGACUGUUCCACACCAAAGCACUUUCAUGGGGAUGCUAGCACAAGAGGAGACUGAAGCCACGAACUACACAAUGAUCACAAAAACAAACUAUAAAAGGACUGCGAAACGAAGAAGAAAAAACACCAGAAACAGAAAUAGCUGCAUUUUUGUUAACAAGAGAUUCUUUCGUUUCUUUUUGUUAACAAGCACUUUACAUAGACUCAAACUCAAUGGCCUGUGAAGACAGUAGCAGGGUCAUAUUUUAUAUUUUAAUUAUUUUUAUCGUUUUUCUUAGUUAUGUAUACAGAACCACAUCAUUUUGUUUGGUCUUAAAGCGGUUAGGUUUGGUUAAGUUGACGACACACAGUACAAAACUUGGGAAGAAGUUGUGGAAACCCUUCAGCGCUGGUCUGAGAUCAGCUUUGCCAUUUCCUGUAAAUGGUUGGGGUUACUGUGGAAAUGGGGCAACUGGUCUCAGCGCUAACGGGUAACGUCUCUUCGACUGGACUUGUGGAGAGGCGUUGGACUGACCUCCGGGCACUAGCCAGCCAAGAGCCCAAUGAAGGAGAGAACAGUAGGGGAUCUAAUCCAUGUGUUUGAUGUCUUUGGCUUGAUGUAUUUGACCGGCUGCCCGGCGCGUAUGAUGUGCACAGACUCGGUCCUGUAUCACCGUAUUUGAAGCGUCUGUACAAGCUACAGUAUUCCAGAGAGACACAGUUCUCCUUAUAACGAGAGAGAAGGCAGCAUUGCUUCAGUGCCACGAUACUUAUCCUGCAUGAUAUUUAUCCCUCUCGUACCUGACCCUCGCGUGACCCGGGAAUGUGAGUGUUGUAUGUGGCACAGGGGGACCCACAGACUCUCUGUCUGUCUUACGUAAAAGGUCCAGACCAGGUUACCUGCACUCAUUCUCAGAUUAAAACUGCCUUAUUUAUAAAGCCCUGACAUUAACAGCAUGUUUUACGGUCAAUUGUGCGGUCAGUGAAUUGGGUGUGUUCCCUAGUAGAGG